AUGUCUUCAUCAUCAUCUUCACGGCCGAACGAGACCGACGCCAGCAACCGCAGCCACAACCAGGGCCGCCAGUCGCGCGAAUACACUCCCGCGCAGGCAGAGUCAGUAAAGCGUGUGCGCCGGUGCCGGCACGACGAGUUCUAUGCCAUCCUCGAUAUCGAAAAGACGGCGACCGAUGGCGAGAUUAAGCGCGCGUACCGGAAGCUCGCGCUGCUGAUGCAUCCUGAUAAGAACGGCGCGCCUGGUGCUGACGAGGCUUUCAAAAUGGUCUCGAAAGCAUUCCAGGUGCUUUCAGAUAGUGAAAAGAAGCGGAUAUACGACGCCACCGGGUCAGAUCCCGAUUCGCGGGGCGGCGGUAUGCCAAGUGGGUUCAGAAGCAGUAGUAGUCGAGCAUCAGCGGGCGGAGGACGUGGGUUUGGCGGCGGCAUGUACGGUGAUGAGAUGACGCCGGACGAGCUGUUUAAUAUGUUUUUCGGCGGCGGCGGCGGCGGCGGCGGCGGAUUUCAGACCUUUGGCUCGUUUGGCGGCGGGCCGGGGAUCAGGGUGCAGUCCUUUGGCGGGUCGCCGUUUAGCAUGUUUGAUUUCCCGAUGGGCGGCGGCCAGCGUCGGCCGCCACCGCAGAACCCGCCCGGGGCAAAUGGCGAGCGCGAGUCGUUUACACCGCGGAUGCUGAUCCAGCUGCUGCCUCUGAUAUUGCUGUUUUUGUUCCCGCUUCUGACGUCGCUGUUUGACAGCGGGUCUUCGUCCGAGUCGGUGUUCACGCCCAAAGUGCGGUUUGAGUUCACACCGACGCCGCCGUAUACGUCGGAGCGUCUGACGGGCAACUACAAGGUUCCGUACUAUGUGAACCCGAACGACCUGACGACGCUUAGCGACCGGAAACUGCGACAGCUUGACCAGCGCGCGGAGACGUCGUACGUGCGGGUGCUGCAAAACAAGUGCGAUUACGAGUAUGAUGUACGGCAACGGCGGUUGGAGGAGAGCCAGGGAUGGUUUUUUGUGGACCAGGAGAAGUACGAGAAGGCGCGGAAUAUGAAGAUGGAGAAUUGCGACCGGUUGAAGGGUAUGGGAGUCCCAUACCAACGGCGUUGA